AUGUCUCUCGACUACACUGGUUUCAAGCUUGGCGAGAAGAAGAUCCUCAAGGAUAAGGAGCAGUUCUUUGACGCGGCCCAAAAGCAAAUCAAGGACAAGCUGGGCGCCGACUGGCAGCUAGUCGUCGACUGGCCUACCAUCGAGAAGCUCACCGGCGACACCGGCACCAACGAGCGCGCCAAGAACGAGCGCAAGUACCUUGGCGGGUGCGUCUACCAAAACUACUGCCGCUCACUUGGCGAAGAGAUCUCCAAGUGGGGUGCUGAAAUCGUUGAGGCCGUCAACGACGCCAUCACCGACAAGAAGAUCAUCGUCACCAUGGACCCGGUCCACGUGGACGCACGUUACAGCGUGAAGGUGGGCAAGAGCAUCGAGGUCCUCAUCCAACAGGAGAAGAUCUGUUACGAGUAUGCGGCCUCGGACCCGAACAGCGUUACCGCCACCGUCGAGAAGUCCCUCUAG